GUGCCUUCCAUUUGAAGAAAGGGGGAAUAGUUGAACAUGAGUCUCCCGUUCUGACAGUCCAGGCUGGGACAAGCAGGCAGCCACCAGACAGCCUAAACAACAGACACGCAGGGGGCCUUGCCUGAAGUGUCUUUAACCAUCUUCUGUUAAAGUCAAAUCUUGGGGGCUUUAUAUUUCAUGGCUGUCAAUAUCAGCAAUGCUGCCCAGGCAGGCCUGCUUUCCCAGCAGUACCCACCUCCUCUGUUCCCCAAACCUGGGAAAGAAAAUGUCCGGCUCCAGAAACUACUCAAGAAAACAGCAAAGAAAAAGGCUGCUGCUCAGACAUCACAAACAUCCGGCCCCUUCCGAUCAAGCCUCUCCCCAGUCAAUGAAGCAAGCCCUGAUCUGGAAUACAGUGAUCACUCAACUCCCGCCAAGACUCCAGAAACAUCUAUUUACAUUGGUGUGGUACACCCACGUUUUAAUGUUCGACCACUGUAUCAGCAUGUAUCAUCCCCUUACCCUCAUCACAGAGAAUUCACUUACGGCAAGACAGCAAGGUUUUCACCCCAACCAUAUGUGUCUCCAAGCCACGCUUUCCCCCAACACACACCUCCAGCAUUUCCAUACAUACCCUCACCAGCUCCAGGACUUGGCACACAUGCCAUGGUUCCAAUCAGGAUUAUAGUGACUGAAGAAACCACAUACUCAGCUAUGAAACCUGAUUCCAUGGAAACUACUCUACAAACAUCACAAAAAGUUCCAAGCACUCAUCUAACCAUUUUUAAUGUCUCCAGAACAGCAAAGCCAUUGUUUGAAGUUCCUCAAAUUACCAAUUACACUGCAAAGUCAGCAGGUUUAAGAACAUCUCAUUCACCAACAAGGAGUAGAACACCUACUGCAGAGUUAAUGAGAGGCCCAACACCAACAUUUGAGGUUAGAAAAAUUAUAACUUCUGAAAUAAGAAGAGAUAGAACACCCACCAGAGAAAUCAGAAGGGAUACAACACCAACAUUUGAAAUCAAGAGGGUUAAAACGCCGACUUCUGAAAUGAAGAAAACCAUUACUCCAACUGCCAAAAUCAAGAAAGAGACAAUGCCAUCUUCUGUGGUCAAGAGUGUCAGUGCUCCAGCCACAGAGAUUAAACAAGAUGUAACUCCAACACUUGAGACAAAAAAAGUUACAACUUCAUUACUUGAGACAAAAGGGGCUACAACACCAACGAGAGCAAGGACACCAACAAAUUACAUUACCUUAUCAAAAACACCAACAGGACGGCCCAAGACACCCUCAGAUCAUGUGUCACGUGCUAGAGUACCUGUGAUUGAGAUUUCAAGACCAAAUCCACUUUUAUUUGCUGUAUCUCCUGUGCACAUGGAUGGCAGAAGAUCAAAAACGCCAACCUCAAGCUUGGCUGGUCCACAUGAUGUAAUUCAGGUGAAUGACACCAGUCUUCAAAAUGGUGACAUAUAUGUCAAAUCAACUGAACCCUUUAAAGUAGAUAAAACCACUUCUGAAAUCAUUUCAAAACUUGAACCACCAAAGACUGAACCUCAAAUACAGGACAAUCAAACCCCUGAAAUCUCAAAGGUUACUGCAAAUGAUCAUCCAAAAGCUGACGCUCUAUCAACACCAAUCAAAGAAAUUGCACAGACUGUUUUAUCUACAGUUGGGCAUCCAAGAACUAUAUCUAGAGUCUCUCCAUUUGCUGGUCAAAGACCUAAAACACCAACAUCCAAAUCCACAUAUUAUGGAUUGACCCCUGCUGAAUAUGUUGCCCAUGGAGGAAUACAAAGUUACUCACCCUCGUUUAGCAUUUCUACACCAGCUGUAGAGGCAUCUCUAAUUCCAAAACAGGAACCAGUAGUACUUCAACCUGAUGUGACAGUAAAAGUGGAUGCAAAUCCUGAGGUAAAACCCAAAGAACUACCUGAAAUCAAAUCAUCUCAGAUUGAUGUUAAAGAUGAAACCACUGCUAUUGUUACUGCUCCAGUUUCUGAGGUUCCAAAGGCAACAGCUGAGACAAAAGGUAAGUCUGUGAGGGACAUUCCCAAGGCAUCUGUGCCAGAGGAAACCAAAUCAAAAGCAAAAAUUCCUGGAUUACCUUAUGUUAAAAUUCCAACCAUUGUGGUGUCUGAAGCUGACAUACUACCACCAGAAGCAACAAAAGCAAAGGCAGCAAAAACUGUGACACCAAGAGUCAGAACUCCAACCUGCAGAUCUCCUAGGGUCACUGAAAUUGCAACAAUCCCUCAAAUUGUGAAUGAAACUGUGAAACCUGAAAGUAAGGAUGUGUCAUUAUCUGACCAAGAUGUGGGAAAGCCAGCACUGCCAAAGUUGUCAGAAGGUCAGAUAAAUGGCCAACCAACAAAGGUGCCAGAGAUGCCAACAGAGACUAAAAUUUCUUUGUUGGAGAGAAUUAAAAAGCAGAAUCUUGCAUCUGCUUCUUCCAAAAAAGCUCCUGAAAAACACAGAGAUGAAAAGGCUGGGGAUAUGCCUCUGGCUAAACCAAAAGAAGACCAAAAGGACCUUGAAACAAAGGACGAUGAACCUGAAAAAAUAGACAGAGCGGACACAAAAGUGAAAACCCAAAAGGAAAUCAAGCCUACAGAGGAUAAAGAGGAGGGAGACAGCUCCUCACUUUCUGCAGAGCCUCUCUUGAAGGUGAUCCAGAAACCAAAAGGCAUGAAGUCAAAGCUUAGUGGCUGGUCUCGCCUCAAGAAACAUAUGGUGGUUGAAGUAGAGGAGCCCAAGUUUCCAGAGACUGAGCCUGAGUCAAAAAAAGAAGUGCCUGCUAGUGCUGAUCAAAACGCAAGUGAAACACAAAAUAAGUCUGAAGGUGAAGCUAAGGUUAGUAAGAGCCAGGAAGACAAAGACUCCCCUAGGGCAGCCAAAAUGUGGGAUGCUGUUCUCUUCCAAAUGUUCUCCACCAAGGAGAGCAUAAUGCAACAAAUUGAAGCCAAUAAAACUGAAGAGCAGAAGAAAAUGGAGGCAGAACAGAAGACACCAAAAGAAAUUCCUUCAUUCGCACAUCGCUUGCCAGUUCUCCUUUACAGCCCUCGAUUCGAUGCCAGACGACUAAGAGAAGCAGUUUCACGACCAGCGACAAAGAUUGCAACAGUUUUCGAAAUGGGGCUCAUAGGCCGCAAAAAUAAAGAUGAAGAGCCAAAAGACUUUAAUAGAACAGCCAAAGGUUUCAAUGCUUCUAAAACCACUGACGUGUAACUGGACAAUUUAUAAUUGAUGGGCAAGGAUUUUGUAAGCUUUUAUUAUGAUGGUAGAGUUCUGAAACCAUCCAAUCUAAUUUGAUUUAUAAUUGUAUAACUUCAAAACAGAUAAAUUGUCAAGGACAUUAAAUAGAUAUUUUCUUUCAAAUGCACAUCAACAAAUUUGUAGCAAUUGCAAUUGGAAUUAGCCAUUUAACUUUUUCUAAUCAGAAAAACAUGUGGUUUUAUAACAGACAUCACUUUUAGAUUAAAGAGUUUACUGAA